CGGAAGAGGGCUGAGGAGGUGACGCGGUACUUUGCGCCAUCGACGCCGACGCGUGCCGAGAAGCGCUUGAGGCAGGAGGAGGCCAUGGAGGUAGAGAAGGAAGAGGAAGAGGUGAAGCCUGCGAAUGUGUGGGUGAGGGGAAGGCGAAGGCUGGGCGUCGCUGCAUACCGUGGCCAGGUUACAGGGUUUGAGAGCAUAACACCAUUUCACAAUCAGCCAUCGUACCUCACGACCCUCACCCACUCGCUUAUGCCCUUCAUGCACAACACCCCACCCUCCUCCAUCCUCCUCCCGUCCCUCCACUCACCUACCGGCCGACCACGCGACUGGUCUCCUGCCCUCUGUGUCCAGUUCAGCCAUACCGCCAAGCUCCACACUGCCGUCUCUGCGAAAGAUGCAGGAUUGAGGCGGAUGAUGGCUAUUGCGGGCGAGGAGGGAGGGAUCCGCGUUAUCGAUGUGGACGCGCCGCAGGGGCAUCACAGGGAAGAAGGCGGAUGGUGGUGGCGUGCACAUGCGAAUGCGAUCUUUGACGUCAAGUGGUCGGGCGAUGACUCGAGGAUCAUGACUGCCUCGGGCGACCAGACAACGCGUAUCCACGCCCUGGACGGAUCAACACCUACCCUUCUCGCUACACUCCGGGGUCAUACAUCCAGUAUCAAAUCUUCGAUCUUCUACGACCCCACUCGAGGGAGCGGCGACGCGUCAAAGGGCAGUGUAGUCGCCACUGCCGGCCGAGAUGGCAAUAUCCUGAUAUAUGACCUGCGAUGCUCUGGACGUCGACUGGGCGAUGGGGCAGUCACAGACGAGUAUGAUGCCAGGCGGAACGGGAGGGAGAGGGAUCGAUAUUCGGCGGGCAUCCCGGGGUUCACGCCACGCAGGGAGGGGGAGGAGGUGGAUCCUGUUAUGGUGAUUAGGGGGGCGCAUGCUGAGAGUGGCCGACGGAGCAACUCGCGGACCCUUGCGAGGUCGGUGACGAGCCUGAUUGCUCUGCAGGCUAUGCCGGGCAUACUCGCGUCUGGCGGGACAGCGGACGGUAUCGUCAAAUUGUGGGAUCUCCGCUUCCCCACACCGACUAACCGCCACCCCGACCCGCGUCCUUCCCACUCCGCCGCCCUCUUCUUGCCGGACCCUACCACUUUCGGCGCCCCUACUUCCCGUCGACCACGCGGUAUCCACUCCCUCGUCGAGUCACCCACCACCGGUGAUCUCUACGCGCUGACCGGGGACGCGCGGAUCCAUACCCUCCGCCCAUCCUACGCCACCCUAUCCCCUACACCCGAAACGGAUGUCUUCUCCGAAGCGAUCCUUCCUGAAUCGUACGCCUCUGACGAGCUCCGCACGUCCUCCUUCUUCGUCCGGAUGUCUCUGUGCCCGGAUGGACGGUACCUUGCCGCAGGAAGCGGGAAAGGCGGGGUCGUGGCGUUUGAUACGCAGGCCCGGGGGGCGGAGAAGGGAAAGGGUGUCAAAUUUGGAUUGGGCGACCCCGCGGGUUAUUGGCCCGAAGGACGGACGAGGGAGGUUGGUGCGGUAGAUUGGGGAAGGGGGGUUAUGGCUGCUUGUUCGGACGAUUUGGUGACGAGGGUGUGGAGGGCGGAA